AUGCUCAAGUGGUCAUUAGAACUCUCCGAAUUCGACAUACAAUACGAAAGUAGGAAAGCCUUGAAAGCUCAGGCGCUGGCCGACUUCGUCGCGGAGAUGACCCACUGCCCGACUCCAGCAGAAAGCGCCCACAAAUGGACGAUCUUCGUCGAUGGCGCCUCUAGCACAUCAGGCAGCGGGGCCGGGAUCAUCCUCGAAAAUGAAGAAGGGAUCCUGAUAGAGGUAUCGUUAGCGCUAGCAUUCCCAACAUCAAACAACCAAGCCGAAUACGAAGCCUUCCUCGCAGGCCUGAGGUUAGCCGACGACCUGGGAGCAAAAGAGGCACUUGUCACAGACAACGGGACACAAUUCACGGACGGAGGAUUCCAGGACUUCAUCGCCAGCCUGGGCACCACACAGCAUUUCACGUCUGUCGAGCAUCCGCAGACGAACGGGCAAGCAGAGGCGGCCAACAGGGUAAUCUUACGUGGCCUCAAACGCAGACUCGGCGAGGCAAAGAGGGCAUGGGUCGAGGAGCUACAUAGCGUCCUAUGGGCCUACCGCACGACACCGCCGCAUUCUACCACCGGGGAAACCCCGUUCCGACUAACUUACGGCACCGAGGCAGUCAUCCCGGUGGAGAUACGGACGCCAACGAGGAGGACAGAGGAGCCCCUAGACGAGGAAAUGAACGAUGAAACCCUUAGAGCCGAGCUCGACCUAGUCGAGGAGAUACGUUCCGAAGCAGCUCUCCGGGAAACAACCCUCAAACAAAAGAUAGCACUACGUCAUGACGCGAAAGUCAUAAAAAGAGAGUUCCAGGUCGGCACCCUGGUCCUCAGAAGAAACCAGAAAAACCCGAGAGAGGGCAAACUGGCGGCCAACUGGGAAGGCCCUUACCGCGUCCGCGACAAAACGAGCAACGGGGCCUAUUACCUAGAAAACCUACAAGGAGAACAACUCGCUCGACCAUGGAACGCAGAAAAACUUAGACAAUAUUACAGCUAA